UUAGAUGCAUCUUUGCGUUUAGCAAGACAAAUCUUACGCAAUGUUUUGCAAGAUACUUCUUUGGCAUUGUUAUCGGUACCAAAGGCCAGUCUUGCUGCCAAACAAAGAAAAAGAAAGAAAAAAAAUUGUGCUCCGGGAAAUAAACCAGACUAGCGAGUAUUCCUUAUAACUUUACUACUACCUUUGUCCAGCAUCUUAUUGGACAACGAUGACCUCCAAGUACGCAGCAGCACCCCAAUCUUUUAUUGUCCGUUUCGAGCGCGUCCUUAUUUGGAGAUCACGAUCAUUGGGUAGAAGGGGCGUCAAUCAGCGUCUGUGGUCCCGCCCCCUUGCUCAAAUAUCAAGCGGUGAAUGGUCAACAGUCGGGGCUGUUACUGUCUGCUCGUAACCACAGCGACUUAAUCUGGAGCUGGAUGCGUUCCGGAGGAACCUGUUCGCGAUAACAGAGAAUAAAACACUCAGCCGAACAUCUGCAGCGUUCAUGUCAUCGGAUAAAGAUGCCGUCGGCUUCGGUUAGCUCGUUUCACCUGGGCGACCGGAGAGUUUGGUCGAUGUGACAUUGCUUGAGCUUUUUGUUCUGGUCCCGGACGCAGAGCAGCGAUCGCGCUCUGUGAAGAUGUUGAGUCGGCUGAUGAGUGGCAGCGUCAGAAACCUGGAGCGAGAAUUCAUGUGCACGGUCAGGCUGCUGGAUGAUACGGAGUAUACCUGCACCAUUCAGAGGGAUGCCAAAGGCCAGUAUUUGUUCGACCUCAUCUGCCAUCAUCUAAACCUGCUGGAGAAGGACUAUUUUGGCAUAAGAUAUGUUGAUCCGGAUAAGCAACGGCACUGGUUGGAGUUCACCAAGUCAAUUUCUAAGCAGAUGAAAUCACAACCUCCAUUCACAAUGUGUCUGCGGGUAAAGUUCUACCCACCAGAUCCUGCUGCUCUAAAGGAGGAGAUCACCAGGUAUCUCGUCUUCCUCCAGAUCAAAAGAGAUCUGUACCACGGUCGUCUCCUCUGCAAAACGUCUGAUGCUGCCAUGUUGGCUGCCUACAUCUUACAAGCUGAGAUUGGAGACUACGACCCAGGAAAGCAUCCAGAGGGCUACAGCUCAAAGUUCCAGUUCUUCCCCAAGCACUCAGAGAAGCUGGAAAGAAGGAUUGCAGAGAUUCACAAGACCGAGUUAAUAGGUCAAACUCCAGAAACAGCUGAGCUGAAGUUCCUGCAGAAAGCACAAAUGCUUGAAACAUACGGCGUGGAUCCUCAUCCGUGCAAGGAUGUAUCUGGUAACCCGGCUUUCCUCGCCUUCACCCCGUUCGGUUUUGUCGUGCUACAGGGGAACAAAAGAGUCCAUUUCCUCAAGUGGAACGAGGUGACCAAACUGAAGUUUGAGGGAAAGACAUUCCAUAUAUAUGCAAAUCAGAAGGAGGACAAAAAGAUCAUCUUGACGUACUUUGCACCAACUCCAGAGGCCUGCAAGCACCUUUGGAAAUGCGGUGUGGAAAAUCAAGCCUUCUACAAGCUGGAGAAGUCGAGCCAGGUUCGUACAGUGUCCAGCAGUAACCUGUUCUUCAAGGGGAGUCGUUUCCGCUACAGUGGAAGAGUAGCCAAAGAGGUAAUGGAGCAGAGUGCAAAAAUUAAACGGGAACCUCCAGAAAUACACAGGGCUGGCUUGGUGCCCAGCAGAAGCUGUCCAUCCAUCACACACGGACCACGGCUGAGCAGUGUCCCGCGGACCCGCCGGAGAGCCGUACACAUAUCCAUCAUGGAAGGUUUGGAAUCCUUGCGGGACAGCGCCCACUCCACCCCGGUGCGCUCCGUGUCCCACGGUGACUCCUUCAUCCCACGUUCACGGAGCCAGGUGACGGACUCCGGCGACGGGACGGCGGUCAUCUCCGAUGAGACGUACAGUCCCUCGGACAGCGUGCUGCCCACACCGGUGGCCGAACACAGCCUGGAGCUGGCGGUCGCGCGCCAGAUCAAUGGCGCCCCCUGCAGCAUCGAGGAGGAGAAAGAAUCGGAGGCGGGCACGCCCUCCGUGGGCGACGUGGCAGAGUUAGGAGCGGACAGUAGGGCGGCGGGCCCCUUGCAGAGCGCAGGCAGGGAGGCUGCGCUCAGCGAGACGGAACAGGUGAAUAAGUUUGUUUUAAGUGUUCUCCGUCUGCUCCUUGUGACCAUUGGACUCCUCUUUGUCUUGCUCCUCCUCCUCAUCAUCCUCACUGAGUCCGACCUUGACAUUGCAUUUUUACGUGAUAUCCGCCAGACCCCCGAGUUUGAGCAGUUCCAUUACGAAUACUUUUGUCCCCUCAGACGGUGGUUUGCCUGCAAGCUCCGCUGGGUGGGCGGGCUGCUCAUUAACAAGUGAAAAUGAGGCACUAAAGCUCGUUAAGCCUCCCUUAUUGGGGUCGAGAAGACGCUAAACACGUGGAGAGAGAGAGAGAGAGAGAGAGAGAGAGACGGAGGGCAUCGACCUGUCCCAUGAACCCAGCUUCUUUCAUGACACUCCUGCUGACACACGGUGGACCACCAGGCCCACAGCUCCUCUUCUCUUCCACUUUUAGUUCUUUCUCCCCCGUCCAUUUUUACCCUUUUAUUUUUGUCGUCUUUUUUUUUUUUCUUACAAAGACAAUUUUUUUUUUUGCUUUUGGUUUCCUUAUUUUGGAUUUCAGGUCAUUUCAGGUAUUUUAUUUUUACAAAAAAACGAGAAAAAAAAAACACAAAACUUAAUUCAAAGACUUGAGAAGAAUAUAUCGUUCCUUAAAUAGGGAAUAUGAAAUAUUUUGUUGCAACGAGAACGUUGCCUUCGUUUCUAUUUAUUUUAAAAUAAUAGUUAUUAAAAAGUCUUAUUAAAGAAUGUGGUGCAUUAAGUCGAGUUGGUACGGUAUAGUGGGUUCGGAAAGCCCGAGAAAGUUUGGAAAAACCAAUGCUUUUCUGAGUUUAUGCAUAAUUCAUAUCCAUCCGUCAUGUAACUCUUAGUAAAUUCUGAAGGCUGCUAUAAUUUACCACGUCAAUGAUCAGAUCAGCAGAGGGUUGUAUGUAAGGUAAGAAUGUGCAAGUUAUUUUGGAAGCGGGAGCUGAGGAAAGACUGGAAAUGAUGUUAUUUGAAUAAAAUCGAUGGGUACAUUUGAGUUCUGUAUUUGGUGGCUUGAGUUUUAGGGUGUCAAAUACGUUUUUAGGAAUAUAAUUGUGUUUAGGCGGUAGCAAGCUGUGAAGUAGAAUUAAAAAGGUUCUUUCUAAUGGAUACAGAAAACUUAAUUGGUAUAAAUUGUGUUCUGUCAUGUGACCCAAUAGUGUCGGUAUCUGUUAAAGUUAACACGAUUGAUUUAAAAUCAACUAGUACCCAUAGAUCCAAUCUAGCUACAGUAGAUGUGCAAUACUGUAAGGGUUUGGUUUUUAAGAAAUAAGUACAUCCAUUUCUUUUCACCAGUAUGUGUAUUUGCUUUGCUUUGUUAUUAUAAUUUAUUAUUAUUUUUUAAUUUUCCAUUUUGAGUCUCUCAAUAGAAAGAAAUCCCGUUGUAUAAAGUAAUUUUUUAUUCCAUAUCGACCUUGGUUUUAAGUUUGUAUUCUGUGGAUAUCAUGCUCUGAUUAUUCUUAAUUACAAUAACAAUGCUGUACUUUUUGUACAAAAAGUAGUUAGUUUCCUAAUAUAUCGACAGUUUUUCCAUGUAUAUUUUAACAGAAACUGAAAUGUUAUUUUGUUAUUGAAAAUUAAAUUAUACCUUUUUUAGCUCUGUGUUCCAGAUGAGGUCUAGAAUCAAUGGCGUUUCUGUCAAGGGAGACACGGGAAAGAUUUUAAUCCAGAUCUGCAAUCUAUUUCCAAUUCACUCACUCAACCGGUAAUGAGAAAACCGUCCCUGAGCUUUGUAUAUCGGCCCUGCAUUCGAACGAUGCUGAAGACUUUAUACACAGUUUAGCCCAAAUACCAUGCGUGUAUGUUUGUGUGUGUGUGUGUAUGCUCAUAUUUUAAUGAAUUUAUGUUUUUGGCAAUAUGUACUAGAAGGCCAGGUUUAGUCUUCGGUACACGAAUUCCUGAUUAUUUGAAGACAGAAGGAUUCUUCCAGUGGCAUGCAAGUUGGACAGGGUUUUAUUUUACCACGAUCUAUUUUAUGCCUGCCCCUUUGAAACUGCUAUCGAUGUAAUUGUUUUUGUAUUUGAGAAGGAAGUGAAUUGCGGAAGGAGCGGACUUAUUUUAGUGUACAGUGAGAAAGUCCGGGGGGUGAGACGGGUAUCAACUACUGAUAAUUAGGAGAUGUUUUAGAUCUUACACUGGAACUCACAAUAAUAAACAUUAGUUUGCGGCAGCUCGCGAGCUUGGCUUCACUAGUAGUUAUUUUCAAUGAACGUGGUUCAAUCCACCAAUCAGUCUGCUGUUGGGUUUGAGGCCAGAAUCGCUAUGGUGCUAGUAAAAAAAAAAAAUCGGAGAGGCCUGAGAUCGUUUUAGGAAGCAGGUGACUGUAACAGUAAUGGGUUUGCUAGCCGGAUUGUGCAGUCUGGUCACACGCCUUUAUAACCAUUUGGUAGAACCGCUGUCUUCCACCGACCUCAGGAGCUGAAACCGAUUUUUGCUACGAUGAACAAAUGAGAGUUGCAUGGAAAACCGUAGCGGAAACUGCUGAGACGCAUGGAAAAGAGAGAGAGGGCCAUUGGAGUUACGCAUGUCUCUUACCUUGACAAGUAUCCAUGCAUGCAUUUGUAACAUCUCUGAUGUGCCAAAUUAUAACAGCGUUGUGGUGGCAUAAGCCCAUUUAUAUUUUUGUAGAAUAUGACGGUUGUUUUCACAGUACAGUAAUACAAUGGUGUUGCUCCGAGUACUUGCAUGCCAUUGAGGAUGGGGUUUGUUUUUAGAAUAACAAUAAACGGAUUUUGAGCCGACGAAAAAAAAAAAGCGUGGAAGAUCAGUCAAGUUUUUGAAAAAUAAAAGAAUUGAAGUUGAUUGAAUUUUACUCAUUGACAGCAUUAUGUAGCCUCUCAGUGGUCAGUCCUGCAUGGCAGCGCCAUUCAAUAAGCAAUAACCUGAAUUAUAGAAUCAUAAAGAUGAAUCAUUUUGAUGGUUUUUGUGCUGUUGUGUAGCAAGUCAGACUACCUGAUGUUUUCUAAGGAGUUUGGAAUGAAUCCAUUUCCUUUUAAGUUAGAUGCAAAACUGCGUAUUAAAAGGCUCAUUUUAUAUGAUGAUUAUUGCCAAAAUUUGCUACAUUUUAUACUCAUUGUGAGCACUUGACAUCUCGUUCCGAUCCUGAACCGUCGUUUCCUGAAUUUUAUGUUUCUCUUCAUCCUUGAAAUCCUAUUGCACAAGUUUCAACUGGUGCGCUGCUUCUUAGACUAGUAGAUCAAGGGCAAUUGCUACUACUGUCCUUGCGCUCAUCUACUUCAUACUUUUGUCUCUAGACAGUUUUCUUGUACUGUACGGAAUGGCCACGUUUGACUGUGAUGAAUGCAAGGGUCCCGUAAAGGACAAUUGUCAGCUAAUUUGGAUCAUUUCUGUAAUUAUCUAACUGGGUUAUUUCACAAGGUCCCUCUGUGAACUUUGUACAGAAGUAUUUUUAUGCUUCUUAGUAUGCAAGUGUCGGUAUAAUAAAGUUAAACACUUACCAUGACACUUAUAAAAAGUAGACUUUCAGGAAUAUAACUGUACACCGCAGAAAAAGCACUUCACUGGCUUCAAAUAUACCUUGACAGCAUGAACAAAAUGUUACAGCUUCAAGCAAGCCUAUUAAAGAUGGUGAUUUUAAUGUUGAAGAUCUGGUACUGAUGGAUACAGCUCUAUUGUGAAAUCGUAACGAGUGGCUGCUGAUCUGUGAAGAUUUGGACAGCAUUCCAAGUACGGUCAGGAUGUCCUCCGUGUUUCUAAAAGAUGCCUAGAACUACUUGCAUUAGACAGCAGCUACACAACGUCUCCGAUCGACUUGGCAAGGUUCUGAUUAACAUUCUACCAGGGACUUUAAAUUCCAUCAUCAUUAGAAUGAACUGCUCCUUACAUGCUUGCAUACAAAUUCCCAAAUUAUUUGGUAAAAUCUGACUUCACCUGAACCGUAGCUUUAAGAUUCGCUAUGGCGCUGAGAUCCUGUAAAGAUCAGUGGUGGCAACACGUUUCGUUUACUGUACUGUGCUUUUGUCACUUUCGCCAGCCCCCACAGUCCCCUCAACAGAUAUGCAUAUACAUGCACAUUUGUUUAUGCAUAGAUGUCUGUCUGUGGGCGUGUUUUUCUGUAAUCUUUAUCUUUUCGGGACUGAAGGUUGCUUUUUAGUUCCUUAAUAUCAAUAUCAAACUAUAUACAAAAUUUAUGUGCCAAACGCAGUUCCUGUUAAGUCAGAUUCAUUCCAAAAUCAUCUUUGUACUGUAGGAAACCUUCCAUGAAAAUGGUAUGAAGAAAAUGUUUCACUGAUAGUCCCUUGUAACUGGUGCCAUGGAAAUAUUCAAACUUGAAAUAAACAUUCAAAAGAG